UAUUAACCAAUGCUACCUUGUUGUAGAUUACUCGUGCUCUUGUCUAAGGCGAUUCCUUUAGCAUCAAGCCCAGGACAAAGAUUAUUUACUACCGAAUUUCCAAGAGCAUCGAAUUACAGAGCCAUAUCCUUGACACCCUUCUUUCACAGAAGUCCUUCGAGCCUUGGCCGUAUGCUCGAAGACUACGACAAUUUCUUAUCGAAUAAGGGCCUCGGUAACCUUCGUUCUUGUACAUUCACGCCAACCUUUGAUGUGUGAGAAACCAAAGAAGGGUAUGAGCUCGAGGGAGAGCUGCCUGGCGUCAAGCAAAAGGAUAUCGAGAUUGAAUAUCUUGACCCAAAUAUUAUGCAAAUCAAGGGCCAUACUGAACACUCUUCCGAAGAGAAGGACGGGUCCUGGUGGGUUUCUGAGCGUUCCAUGGGUGACUUCCGACGGUCAUUCUGUUUUCCAUCACCUGUUGAUCGCGAUGCGACGCACGCUCACCUGAGAGAUGGAAUCCUCACCGUUACUGUUCCCAAAACUAUGAAACAUGAGGAAACCAAAAAGAUUACAGUUGAAGAAUGAUGUUUGAAUUUUUUUUAACUGUUUCCUUUGAUUUCUUUCUGUUCGCAGUGUAUUUGAAAUCUGUCAUUUUCUUUUUAACACAUCAAAACCAAAUUGUAAUAAUGUUGGGAGGGUUGCUUUCUUAUCA